CAUCAACAAUGGAUUAAAGAACAGCUGAAAGACAUGAACAGUUUUCACUGUGGAGUGUACAGGUGUCACUAAUUAAGUAAACUGCAUGUGCGACUUCCAUCAAAAAACUACUGUCAUGUGAGGUAUUGAUUAAGAGAUAAUACCCCCUUGCACAACUUGAGAGAGUGAAAAAAUUCAACACGUAAACAAUGCCAUCUAAGAAGGACAGACAGCGAGUGCUGGCCGAGAUCUGGGCCACACCGACCCCCGUAGACAUUGACUUCUUUGACAAAGGGGACGAGAUAGUUGUUACCACUGCCAAAAGAGACAACGUGGUUGGGUGGUGGCUGGACAUCUUUACUGCCCUCUACCCCAACCAGACCUACAGGGAAAAGAAUGAGCUGGUCAAGAUCAAGCCGGCCCCCGGAGUGACCAUCAAACUGUCCCGCAAGACCGGGCUGAUGAAGAUCAGCGGGAAGAACCACUGGGGGUGGAUGGUAGCUAAUUUCACGGACGUUCUGGAGACGGCCAAUAACGAGAGUGAGGAACUGGAUGAUGCAGCCUCGCUGAUGUCUGAUAACUCGGUCACGCGAUAUCUACAGCUCGACAAGAAUGUGGAAAUGGUUCAGGAUUUGCUGGACAUGAUUCCGGAUGGUGGAGGAAUCAUGCAGAACGACUUCAUCAUGAAGUUAUGGAAGAGUCUGAUAGACGACUGGUUCGGCUGUGGAGCUGUUGUGUACAUCGUCACCCCGCGCAUUGAUGAGGAACGAUUAUUCCAGAUCUUUCUUCUCAUGAUCCGCAACAAAGGAACCGCAUUCGGCGUCACGUUGGUCAUUCCGGAGAAGGGUCCAGGUGGGGAAAAAUUUAAGAAGACCCUGGAAACCACAUCCCGCAUGAUGAAGAAAACGCGGACCCCCCGCGCCAACAAACGCCUAGUGUCCGACGUGAAGAUGCAGUGGGCGCUGGAGAACUUGCGAGUGCACCAUGAGAACUUCUCCACAAACUUUGUGGCGGCAUAUAAGGAUGACGAGGCGGAAGUGCUAACCACCACCGCCCACUUCCACAAGUCUCACUUUCAUUCCAACCAGAAAGACAAUGUGUGCUACAACAAACUCCUCACGGAGGACCUCAAACGGAACUACCUGUUACCCCUGGGCCUCUCCCUCAACUACUAAAGUCCCCUCUAUGUUCAUGUUACUAUUGAAAUGUAUUUCCAUGUAUAUCUCAUAGAUAUCGUCAUUUCGUGUGAAAUUUGUGAAGUCCCCCUUUAUAUUCACAUCUUCUGUUAUUAUUGUAUGUACUAUAUACAUCUGUGUGGAGUGACUCGUGGAGUCAUUGGUGUGAAACCUAGAAUGGAUUUGACAUUUAUCCAUUCAUCUCUUAUUCUAAACCCAGCAAGUAAUAGGGACAAUCAUUCAGUCCUGUGAAACUAGCACAUUUUAACAACAGGUGCCUGUGAUUUUAACUUUAUAAAAAAAGAAAUUCAUAUAUGCAUUUACAUGAUCAUAUUGACAGCAAUUCUGAUACUGUUGCUCAUAAAACAGGAGACAUAAUACUGCCAUUAACCAAGCUUUAAAUUAAAUUAUUAUAACUUAUUUAAUAUAAUCUUUUGCGGCAAGCACAAUCUACAUCUUAUUUAAAAUGUACUUAAAACCAAAGUUUUUUUAACUUAACAAUCAUACACAUAAGCAAAGUUUCUUAGAAUAGAGAUUUCCAUUCCAUACGUACAUGUAUAUUCAUUUUGUUUCAAUACACUCAUCAAACAAUUUCUCAGCACACCACAAUUAAUAAUUCACAGAGAUUUCAUAGACAUUAUGUAAUCAUACAAACGGGUAAUACUAUCCACAUUUUCUAUAAUUCAUAAUUAACACCUCAUUAAUUAAACCUGUGAUUAUAUAACAAUUAUUUGAUAGGAUGCACUUGCCUAGCAGAUUACAUGUAAAGCUAGGGCAGUUUCUCUUUUUUAUAAUACACUGCACAACAUAACCAAGAUAACAUUCCCCACUCACAUUUCUCCACAUAAUUCAAUCUUCUUAAAUUAUUUGUUGCUUAAUACAAGCAUAAUACGAAAGGUUGUCUUUAUGGAUGAACAUAGUCUCUAAAAAAAUUUACCUUUUGAAAAGCGUUCUUGAUUCAAAGCUCUUUUGUUUAAAAUGCUAAACAUAUCUCAUUGAGCAUCAAAAUAUCUCUCAGUGACACACAAACAUAUCAUAUCCUACUGAGAAUCACUCUCAGUGUCAAGCAUCUUUCUUAUCUUUUCACACCAGUGCAAUUUUUGCAGACUCCACUAUAUAUAGCCGAGUCUGUGACAUGUACAUGUACAUUGUGCAUUGUAGUCAACCAGAGGGUGUGCCAUUUCUUUUUAUUUACACAUGUAUGCUCAUUUACCUUUGCAUGUCUCUAUUGAAAACUUGUUCAAAGAAACUUAUACGUAUAACCAAUUUUUGUUCCUAUGCAGUUUUGGAAAAAACAAUAAAAUUUACUUUUAUUUUUUGUGUGCAUU